UCGAAAAUCGAACGGUGGGACGCGUACCCCUCACACAGGUGUAUGCCUGCCAUGCAACCGUUCGUGGCGCGGCCCUCGCCGCCGGCGCUCCUCGCGUUGUGCGGGGCCCUGCUCGCCGCCUCCUUGCUCCCGGCGGGCGCGUCGUCAUCGGGCGAACGACUCGAGGUCGGCGACAUGGUGAUGAUGGACAGGUUCCGCGCAUGGCGGGCCGAGCACAACCGGUCGUACGCGAGCGCGGAGGAGGCGCUGCAGCGGUUCGAGGUGUACCGCCAGAACGCUGAGUUCAUCGACGCCACUAACCUGCGCGGCGGCAUCACGUACCAGCUUGCCGAAAAUGAGUUCGCCGACCUCACCCAGGAGGAGUUCCUUGCCACAUACACCGGUUACUAUGCCGAUGAUUUCGGCGCGAACGACCACUCGGUGAUCACGACGAGCGCCGGGGAUAUCGAAGGCGCCGUGGACGCCGACCCCGGCUUUUCUUGCAGCAUGGACGUCCCGGCUAGCGUGGACUGGAGGGCCCAAGGCGCCGUAGUUCCACCAAAGUCCCAGAGCUCAACAUGCAGCAGCUGUUGGGCGUUUGUGACGGCCGCGACGAUCGAGAGUCUGAAUAAGAUCAAGACGGGGAAGCUGGUGUCGCUGUCGGAGCAGCAGCUGGUGGACUGCGACAGCUACGAUGGGGGCUGCAACAUGGGGUCGUACGGGAGAGCGUACAAGUGGGUCAUCGAGAACGGCGGGCUCACCACGGAGGCGGACUACCCGUACACGGCGCGGCGGGGCCCCUGCAACCGCGCCAAGUCCGCGCACCAUGCCGCCAAGAUCACCGGGUUCCAGAAGGUGCCGCCACGGAACGAGGCGGCGCUGCAGGCGGCCGUGGCGCGGCAACCCGUGGCUGUGGCAAUCGAGGUCGGGAGCGGGAUGCAGUUCUAUAAGGGCGGCGUCUACUCGGGCCCGUGUGGCACCCGGCUGGCACACGCCGUCACCGUCGUCGGGUACGGCGCCGACGCGGCGUCGGGGGCCAACUACUGGAUCAUCAAGAACUCGUGGGGCCAGUCAUGGGGCGAGCGCGGUUACAUCCGGAUGCGCCGCGACGUCGGCGGCCCUGGCAUGUGUGGCCUCACGCUCGACGUUGCCUACCCGACACUGUGAACGAACGCACACCCCCCGUGACAAGAUGCGCAGAUAUAUAAAUUAUAGUACACGUGCACGCGUGAUUAACUAGUCAACUGUACCAUGAUUAACGUGUUUGUCUAUGCAUUAUGGAGUGCAAUUAAUUAAAGUGCAUGCGUACGUACAAUUAUAUAUGAACAUAUCGCUCCUGUAAGCAUUGGUAAAAAAAUGAUCUUUGUAGGUGGCUAAAA